GGAACUCAUUCCAAGUAGGCGAGUGGUUGUGAGUGGGCGAGUUUCUGAGUGUGAGAGCGUGGGUGUGUGAUUGUGAGUGGGUGAGUUAACAAGUAGGAGCGUGAGUGUGUGAGUGAGCGUUUUGGUUUGUGAUUGUGAUUGGGCGACUUAACGAGUGGGUGAUUGAAAAUGUGUCUUUAAGAGUGUCUGUGAUUGUUUCAAAAUACAUACAUUUUUAUCGUCCUCGGGGGGCUGAUUGGCCUGAGAACUGCGACUGUGGUGGCCGACAUUGUGGUGCAGUGUGCAGUGGAGAGCGGUUGGUGUGUUUUGCAUUGUGUAGCGCAGGGUGUGGUUUAGUGAGCGGUGUGGUUUUGGUUGGUGUGGAUCGGUGAGCGGUGCGGUGUGUGCUGCAGUGUAGGGUGUGGUGCAGUGUGGGGUGAGGUGUGUUUUGCAGAGGUUAGUGGCGCGGUGUGUAGUGCAGGUUGUGGUUUGGUGAGCGGUGUGGUGCAGUGUGAGGUGAAGUGUGUCGUGCAGGGUGGUGAGCGGUGCGGUGUGCGCUGUCUCUGGUGUGCAGGACGGCAAUGAUGGCGGUGAGUGCUCCGUGCCGCGAUCCGCCAGCGUGGCUCAGCGGCGUCUUCCCGUAUGGCGUCACCAUUUCCGCGCCUCCUCCUCCUCACAGCCUCCUCUCCUUCCAUACGCCUCCCUGCUUCAGCAACACCGCGAGUACAGAUACGGCAGCAUCCUACAGCGCAGGAUUCUGGCAUUCCGACCUCGCAAAGUUCAUGAAGAAAUUCGGGCCAUCCGUGCAUCCUGCUGGGCAGAAGCUCCUCCUGUCACAUCCGUGGCUUUACCGCAGUGCACCGUUCACGACGGUGGACAGCGGCUCCGUGGCAUCUCCCAGCCAAUGGAUUUACGAGCCAAAAAAUGCUCCUUAUUGGCAAGUCACUGCGGCUAUGCUCGCACAGAACACCGCCGGCAUCUGCGAGACUACGUCCAACGUUCGUUCAUUAAACCAAACGGGAGUGGAAAGGGCAGCCCGGCCGGGGCAUGCGAGAGGUGCCGAGGGGGGCGGCAGCGCACCCUUAGCCCAGGUGCAAUCGGACAAGUUGGAGGUUCACUCCUCGGGGCGCGGGCGUGGGCGCGGGUGUGGGCGCGGACGAGGACGUGGAGCCUUGGCGCCCGCCACCGUGCAAGUCGGCGGGCGCGGCAACUCGUGUGGAGAGAAGCGGCCGCUGCCAAGGAAAGAACCCGAGCGGGGCCGGCACGCCGACCCUUCCACGGCGCCAUGCAUCUCCAGGCACGGACACAGCUGCUGCUCCAGGCUCACUCACUACAGCUUUGACGGGCACUGGCAGUCCGUUUGGAACAAAGAACAAAUCCCAAUUAUCACCUCCGUCUUCAGCCUCGCUCCUGACCCGCUUCAUUCCAAAGCCCCCAGCACAAAGAGGAGGAGAAGCGCUCACGACGAAACCGAUAGACCAGCGCCACGGCCCCACGAUGGGAAUUCCGUCCUCCCUGUGGCCGUCAAAUGCGAAAGUCCCGCUGGCUGUUGCAGCGGGAAUGUAACAAUGGAAGUAAAUAUGAACGCAGCUUCUGAAACUACCACCUCUUCCGUGCCAUUUUUACUUCCAGAAAUUAAAAAAGAACCCUUAGAAGAAGUAGGCGUUUGUGUCCAAGCUGCAGAUGCAGACGCCCAGACAGACGCCGAGCAUUCAGCAAAUGAGCGCAACGUAGGGCCCGGUGCUGUGCCUUCAACCCGCUACACACUCGAACCUCUGAGCAUAACUCUGCCCUUUGGCGCCGUUCCUUCAGGGGCACAUGUAAAGGAGCUCGCAAUGGAUUUGGAAUCGCGACGUCUGCCCACCCCAAGUACUCAUGAGAGUCAACAGCUGUGUGCAGCAGAAGAAACCCCAGGGAACGCUUCUGUCGGUCGGCGUGAGAGUAAAGACUCGGAAUCAGUUUCUGCACGAUAUGCGGAGGGGGAGACAACACCGCGCGAUUGUGAGACGCACAUCAAGGCAGCAGCUGUGAUUGUGGGAGUGGCUCAGCCUGGGAGCAACGAGUUUGGUGCCGAGCAUGGACAGCCGGCCUUGGACGAGGGAGACGCUGCUGCCUCCUGGCCUGAAAAGGUCACGGCUGGUGGCGCGAUGCUGGUGGCGCACUCUGCCUGGGUGGAGGACAUUGCCAGUGUCUCGAUGCUGGUGGCGCAUUCCUCCCAGGUGGAAGACACGGCCGGUGUCGUGAUGCCAGCAGCGCGCUCCACCCAAGUGGAAGACACGGCCGGUGUCACGAUACCGGUGGCUCGCUCCGCCCCAGUCAAGGACACAGCCGGAGUGGGAGCCAAAGAAGCGGGUACCUGCUGCUUGUUUGAUCCGAGUGAGGAGUCUGCAGCAGAAAAAUAUGCGACCCCAAAGUCUGCACGGGCCAUGAGCGGAGCCUGCACAUUUCAGCCAGAUGAUGACACAGGCCUGCCCAAGGUUACAGAAGUCCCCGGGUCUGUGUGUACCGUGAGCUGCCCGGGUUUUGGCUCUCGCUACAUCAGCAAGGAGAAGGCAGACCUGGCAGCGAUGGAAAGCAUGACGCCCGGUUUGGGUGAACAUACGGCCACUGUGACUUCAGUUCCUCAAGAAACGAGCGCUGCACGCAAGACCUGCAACUCUCAUUCUGCCAAGAUGACUCGGCCGACUAAGAAUCCUAAAAAGAAAGUGUCGAAGAUCACCGUGAAUGGGUUCUGCGUAUCAGAGUUUGGUGGGAUUACCGCAACCAGAAUUGAAAAUCUCUUCACUUUGUUGUCAUUGCACGCAGAACUCAUGAACAUUGCAGACUGUGUAACGGAUGCCUACAAAGACGCUGUGUCCCAGGCAGAGUGGACGAAACACAAGGAGGAGGCGGCCAUGCUCAACCAUCCGCGUGUCCGCCGAGCAGUGCAGCGCGUCCUCCGGGCCCUGGUGCUAAUGGAAUCGGCGUCCUCGUGCCCGUUCCCAUUCGUGCUGCGCCAUGGCAGGACCUUCGUGCCUCUCGCCGCCCUCCGGGAGACGAUGGUCAUGGAGCUGUCGAGGCACGAGCUGGUGGGCGUGCUGGCGCGCUGCGCCGUGCCGCAGCGGCCAUCCACUCUGACGGAGGAGGGUGUGCUGCGGUGCGCGCCAUGGCUCCGGCGUGGCUGCUUCACGCUGCUACGCAUGGCCCAGCUGCACUACGUCUACCCACACCUCUUCCACACCGCCUGGAGGGUGCGACGCAGCAUGGGGGGCGGGAGGAAUUUUUCGUGGACAACAUGCAAAGUGUGGCUGGAGGGCGAAAGAGGAACCCCAGAAACCCUGGAGUACAAGCUCGGCUCCCACAUCUCCACGGGCAGCACCACCUCCCAGGAAGCGCGCCAGAGUCACGGCACCGGGGCCACCCGGGGACGUCCACACGGGAGCCAUUCUGCGGGCCCCACCGCUACCGGCACCGGCAAGAUCCCCGCUCGCGGCGCCACGUCCACCCAGCCUCCGAAGACGCCGCAUGACGCCGGUGGCGCCGAUCGCUCCUCGCGCCUCUCGGCCCCCCCAGUCGCUCACUUGCCUGGGCUCGUGGCUCCUGGGCGGAACGGCUCGGCACAUGCCCCGGCAAGGCUGGGGAGUGAACGCCGCACUGAGGACGAUUGCUGGGCGCGUCCUUCCGUCGUGCCGCCAGCAGGCACCUCUUUUCCCACAGCAUCCCCAGCGUCUCCGGACCCGCGGCACGGGGAGACUGCAGCGAUGCGCACAUGGUGGAUGGAGGAAAAACGUGCGUGUGCCCGGCACAACAUUUUCAUGUUCCCGAGGGUGAGCGUCAAGUGCCUGGAUGCCUCCGCAGCACGGCGCGGAGGGAGUGGCGCUGCUCUUGCCUGGCCACCGGCAGAACCGGCCAUGGGCACACAGCCUCUACGCAAGAGGCAGAGCCAGCACUCCCCUUCCAGGCAGUUCUUCAAGAAAGCAAAAUCAUCUUCCGUUUAGAGACAAAAAUUAGAAUGAUUGUCAGGGAUCGUGCAUUGGUGUAGUUGUUUCUGCCAUGGUGACUUGCCAUUGCCAGGGUGGUUGUAGUCUGUGCACAAUGCACUGAUACGUGACGGUAUUCCGAUUGCACAGUACGCAAUGCUAGAGGGUUAGAGCUCACCGGAUUCAAAGCGCUGCAGCACAACGCCCCACAAGACUCACGUGACUUGCACGUUCCCGCACAGUACACCCUGCACCAAUGUACAUUGUGCUCGCUGUGCGCUCCGCACAAUCUCCUUGCGCCUUCUGUAAACAAAGUGUCAGCUCGUAGGCCACCCCUCAGUGAUGCACAUUGCCGUGUUGGUAUACAAAGCACGAAGAGCUCGGCACGAGGGUCAGCAUCCUGGUUCGUGCCAGCUGACCAGGGAAAUAUACACUUGCAGCUACACUGGGGAGGCAGGCAGUGGGGUUUGUCAAAACUGUCAUCAUUGUGUUCUGAAGCACUGAAGUUAUUUGCUGUGUUGCGGUAGCGUUGCUUUAUAUGUGUAUCGUACAAAGUGUAAUGCGGCGUAAAUGGGGUUGUUGCUUGGCUCGGGUCCAAUUACACGGCCCGGGGUAUUGGGGGGCGGAGCCUGGUCUGCGGGGCGUGUGGGAGGGGCCACCGUUCACCUCGGCUCCAAUGGGAGGCGAGGUGAAUGGGGGCGGAGCCAGCGGGGUAGUAUGGGAAGACCGGAUCUGAGGAUCCGGAAGGGGAGGACUCAGGGUCACGUGGAGGGAAUGUAUAUAAGUGGGAGCCCGGAAGAGGUCGGGGAAGUUAAGAGGCUGAGCCACGUUGGGUGGUGAGGAAAGAUCCGCGCCAUCGGCCACGUGACUGAAGGACCUCUGCACGCCGUCGGCCAGCGGUGUGCGGAGUGCGGGAAUAGAGGAGCUAACGGAGGAGCGUGUGUGGCACGCGAGAGGGAGCGUGCGCGGGGCGCGAGCGAGACGACACUGGUCCGAGAGGAGGCCAGUGGGGGGUGCAGAGCAGAACCUAAAUUAAAGACAAACGGAGAUCAGCAUCGCCUGACGGAGUCUAUUAUUACAAAAGAAUGGAACUUUUGACCAGAUACAAUAUGCUCAAAUUCUCUAGACUCUGUGACACUGUGACUUAUGAAUCAAUGCCCAAACCAUAACUGGUGUGGAAUUAGGUAUUAUUCGCCUUCAUGGUGAUUCAUUACAGCGUGAAGUCUGUUGUAAUAUGAAAGGUGCCCAGUUACCGCUUUCAAAAUAACUUGUGAAUAUUUGAGCAAGUAUUUAAGAAAGUAUUUAAUCAGUGCUUUUUUUGGCUGAAGUCUGCCUGCCAUGCGGCCGUGUGGGAGGGUGCACCGGACAUUAUCCGCUGGCCACCUGGCCCAUCGUAACCUCAUUACCACCAUUGGCAAAGGUGUUCCACACACCGGGCUGCUUUAUAUUCACCGAAAAGACAAAUGGAGCCCUGCUCAGGUGAAUAAGUUGCUCCAAUGUUG